AUAGAAUAUUGUAGUAAUUAGUGACCGAGUUGUUACCUUGGCGGGUGGUUCUUAAGGCCGAUCUUACCUCAAAGCAUUGUGCUGCAUUUUCCAUAUCCGAAUACAGACUUUGAACGGCAUCCCACACUUCCUUGGCUGUCUUAUAGAAUAGGUAGGUUCUCCCUAUCUUUGGCUCCAUAGAAUUGAUGAUCCAAGCCAUCACUAUGGAGUUUUCAGCAUCCCAGGUACUAUACUCGGGUGUAUCAGCAUCUGGUUGUGUUGUUCUGCCUGUGAGAUAACCCAUCUUGCCUUUUCCUUUCAUCACUAACAUAACCGACUGAGACCAUUCCCGAUAAUUGGUUCCGGCAAGCUUAUGCUGUGUGAUUUGAAGGGUAUGAUUGUCUACCGAGAUAGGCGAAGGGGAUGGAAGAACUGAUCGUGCUGCGGAAGGCGCGAUAUUGGAGGUUGCACUGGUGGUUGAGAAAUCGGCCAUAUUGAGGAGAGUUAAUGUGCUACGGAAGUUGGCUAUAUCGUAUCAAACCAUCAGUUACACACGAACCGUUUACACCUCGACUACCAAGUCAUGAGAAGCUUGUGAGUGAAUUCAACCAGUCUAACAGCUCUGCUACCCCAACUCAACUACGCUGGAAGCCUGUAGAAAUUCCUGAGUCACCAACUGAUUUUAUUGAUGGUUUAUACACAGUAUGUGGGGCUGGCAGCUCUUACCUUAGACAUGGUUAUGCCAUUCACAUGUAUGCUGCGAACAAAUCAAUGGAUAAUUGUGCCUUCUGCAAUGCUGAUGGCGACUUUCUGAUUGUUCCUCAAAAAGGAAGAUUAUGGAUCACAACUGAAUGUGGAAGAUUGCAAGUCUCUCCUGGUGAAAUUGUUGUUUUACCUCAAGGAUUCCGUUUCGUUGUUAACCUGCCAGAUGGCCCAUCACGUGGAUAUGUUGCUGAAGUGUUUGGCAACCAUUUCCAACUUCCUGAUCUUGGGCCAAUAGGUGCUAAUGGUCUUGCUGCUCCAAGGGAUUUCCUUGCUCCCAUGGCCUGGUUUGAAGACAGAUCUCGUCCAGGGUAUACAAUUGUACAGAAGUUUGGUGGUGAACUUUUUACCGCGAAGCAGGAUUUCUCCCCAUUCAAUGUGGUUGCCUGGCAUGGUAAUUAUGUCCCAUUUAAGUAUGAUCUAAGUAAGUUCUGCCCAUAUAAUACUGUUCUGGUUGAUCACAGUGACCCAUCAAUAAAUACAGUCUUGACAGCAUCAACAGAUAAACCUGGUGUUGCAUUGCUUGAUUUUGUCAUUUUCCCUCCACGGUGGUUGGUUGCUGAACAUACUUUUCGACCACCAUAUUACCAUCGCAAUUGUAUGAGUGAAUUUAUGGGCUUGAUCUAUGGAGGAUAUGAGGCAAAAGCUGAUGGGUUUCUCCCGGGCGGUGCAAGCCUUCACAGCUGCAUGACACCCCAUGGUCCUGAUACCAAGACUUAUGAGGCAACAAUUGCUAUUGGAAUUGAAGCUGGACCUCGGAGAAUUGCUGAUACCAUGGCUUUCAUGUUCGAGUCAUGUCUAAUACCUCGUAUCUGCCCAUGGGCUCUCGAGUCCCCCUUCAUGGAUCACGAUUAUUACCAGUGCUGGAUCGGACUAAAGUCCCAUUUCAAGGGUGACCACUCGAAAAACGAUCAACAAAGGGAGUUGCAGAAUGGAAACGACGAAACUGGAAGUGGAGGUCGUAAUGGAUAAGUUUGGUUUCAGACAUGAAACCUGGCCGUGUUUCCUCGUCUAGAAAAAUGUUCACAACAUGUACAUGAUAGGGUAGAGGAAAAAAAAACAAGAAAAGAGAAGUCAGGCAUAUUGUGUAUUGGCUGCACCUUGGACAAUCAUCAAUAAAUGGAUACCUCUAAGCCUCUAA